GCUCCGGUCUGGGCUCGUGCACCCGCCUCCUCCCGGCCGCCUCAGCUGCGCUCUCGUCGGUGCUGCCGCCGGCCUCCCUCCCUCCCUCCCUCCGCGCCUCUUCUCCCCGCGCCCUUCGCCGUCCUCCCUUCGCCGGCGGGUGUGUCCCCGGGGGAGCGGCGCGGGAUCCGCCCCGAGGCGGCUGCGCCAGGUUAGCUCAAGAUGGGAGACCAGAGGCAACGUUCAUUGUCUACCUCCGGAGAAACAUUGUACCACGUGCUAGGGCUGGACAAGAACGCCACCUCAGAUGACAUUAAAAAGUCAUACAGGAAACUUGCGUUAAAAUACCACCCCGACAAAAACCCCGACAACCCAGAAGCUGCCGAGAAGUUUAAAGAAAUCAACAAUGCACAUGCGAUAUUGACGGAUGCCACGAAACGAAAUAUCUACGACAAGUACGGCUCCCUGGGCCUGUACGUAGCGGAGCAGUUUGGAGAGGAGAAUGUGAACACGUACUUCGUGCUGUCCAGCUGGUGGGCAAAGGCGCUGUUUGUAUUCUGCGGGCUCAUCACAGGCUGCUACUGCUGCUGCUGCCUCUGCUGCUGCUGUAACUGCUGCUGCGGAAAGUGUAAACCGAAACCCCCUGAAGGCGAAGAACAAGAAUAUUACGUCUCCCCCGAAGACUUGGAGGCGCAGCUACAGUCGGAUGAAAGGGAGGCCGCGGACACGCCUAUUGUGAUACAGCCAGCCUCUGCUACAGAGACGACCCAACUCACAGCGGACUCCCACCCCAAGUACCACACCGAUGGGUUUAACUAAGUUAAAGGAAAGCACUGUUAACUUUAAGAAAAAAAAAGAAAGAUUAAAAACAUAAAUAAUAUGGCCAACCCAGCACUAGAAUCAUGGACGUUAGAAAUAGAAUACAGGGAGGGGAAAAGGUUCUGCCACAAUAAGAGGGCAGCCUCCAAACCUGCCAAGAAAUAUUUUGUAAUCCCUUCUUCGCCUUUUGUCACCUUCAGUGUUGUAUCUCGACGAUACAUGGAAGUACUGUAGCAUGCAGUAUUUAAAAGCAGUUUAGCAUUUGGUCUGAUUUUGUUUUGUUUUUUCCUUCUCCUCCUCCUCUUUUUCUUCCUCCUCUAUUUUUUAAAAAGAUAGCAUGCGUGGAGUUUACGUUCUCAAUGUCUUUGUGUUGUAAUGUAUUGAGGAGUUACCACGGCGAGUGUGACGGAUACAUUCUGCAUUCUUAGCAGUGGCGCCAGCCCAAAAAAAAAGAAUCGAAAGAAACAAGCAUUUUUCAAAGAGAAGUUAAAAUCUGACGCGGAAGCCGCCCUCUGCUUCCACACAGUUCAGCUCCGGGCAUCUCUCUCUGAAGGGUGCCUUUCAGCCUCUCAGUUAGCCGCUAAGAUUUCAAGCCGUUUUCCACCUGCCAGCUUGCUGCCAACACCUCUGUCUCAACCAGCUUACUUUGAAAAAUGCUGAUGUCACGAGGAAGGGAUUUUUUAAAAAAAAUAAAAAUAAAAAAGCCCCUCAGUUUUGGAGCCCUUCCCUCGCACGGCUGUUUCUUCUUCAGACAACAAUUCGACAGCUACUUUCCAGUUAUGCGUUCUUUGUGUAGGAGAGGGCCAAAUGGUGGGGUUUCGUGGCAAAAUACCAGAUGUUACUUGAAUUAUAUCUCUGCUUUUUAAAACAAGUGCGCACUAUUAUAUAUAUAUAUAUAUUUGUUCAAAAUCAAUCAUUCCCCCCACCCUGCACUAUUUAUAAUUGCCAUUUUUUUUUACUUGUGCAUGAACGCAGACAGAACUGACACAGAUGUAUGCUCUCAUUGUCCAGUUUGAAUGAAGUCCAAGCCAAUAAAUAGUCAAGAGCAAA